AUGUCAUAUCAAAGUGAUUCAGAGGACGAUUUAUUCGUUCAUAGUAUGAGCUUAAAAAAAGCUAAAGCAUUAAUAGAUAACCCUCAUUCUCACCAAGUAAUCACUCUUGCAAGUUGUGGUAAAAAAGUUGGUGUCUGUGAAGUUGGAGACCCAGAAGGUUAUCCUGUGCUUUGGCUUACAGGAAACAUGGGUCCAGCAAUGUCUAUCCUUUUAUAUCAUAAUCUUGCAAAACGACAUCAUAUUCGUUUAAUUUCGGUGGAUAGACCUGGCUAUAAUGAUAGUGACGAUAUUUAUUCACGAUCCGGCGUUCCUGAUUUAUUUGAAUUUGCUGAUAUGAUCAACGAAUUGACUUUGAUAUUAAAAAUGUGGCAAUUUGGUUUGGCUACCUUUUCACUAGGCGCUGUUUACGGUUUGGCUUAUUCACUUAAUUUCCCUGAGAGAAUCAAAGGUCCGAUAUUUACGAUUAGUCCUUGGGUUUCAACUAGUACUCCAGGACAUUUACUUUAUUAUAAAGGCAUCGCAAAAUUUGCUCCAAAUUUUUUGAUCCGUACUACAUUAAGCACCCUACCACACAUGUCAAAUUUUUUAAAUAUGUGGAGCACAUUAGGCUCCUCAUCACCUUCUCGUCGUAGUUAUAUACACAAAAAGAUUUAUCAAAAUGGUUUAUGGAAUUUACAAAAUCGUACUGGUGCACAUAUUGAUGCUAUGGUAGCAUUAGAAAAAGUUGAUUGGGGUUAUAAAUAUGAAAAUACUACACAUCCCAUUCAAGCUUAUGUAGGUGAACAAGAUGAAAAUGUUCCAUUACAAGCUUGGACGUAUAUGAGUAGUAGAAUGGAUAAUUUAAAAUUAAACGUUGUUAAAGAUGGUGGUCAUUAUUUAUUGUAUAGAAUGGAUUUCAUGGAAGAGUUAUUUACAACAAUCGAGUCUGCUAUCAAUUCAUAA